AUGUUGAAAAUGACUGGUAACCGAAAGCAACACGAGUCAUGACUCUAAACACAUUUAACACUUUAGAAUUAUACUAAAAGAAAGAUAAAUUGUGCUCACCACCUCAGACUUUGCAAGUGUCACCUCUCUCAGCACCUUCCUCACAUAUUUGUAGUAUAUAUAUGCCGUGUGUAAGUCAUUAUUGAAUCAAGCGACAGAGCAAUUAUAGUCAUUGUAUUAUUUGAAGAGAUAUUCUUGAAGAUGGACGCUGUUAGGAGGUGCAGUGGAGCCAAAUAUGACUGCUUGCUCUUCGAUAUGGAUGAUACUCUGUAUCCCAUGAGCUCCGGUAUCAACUUGGCUUGUCGCAAGAAUAUAAUGCAGUACAUGUUGCAACAUUUGCACAUGGAUGAAAGUGAAGUACCAAGGAUGUGCUUGGAAUUGUAUAAGGAAUAUGGGACAACAAUGGCCGGUCUAAAGGCUCUUGGUUAUGAAUUCGAUGACGACGAGUUUCAUGCUUAUGUCCAUGGAAGACUACCCUACGAUGCCCUCAAGCCAGAUCCAGUUUUAAGGAAUCUUCUACUUUCCAUGCCACAGCGUAAAAUAAUCUUCACUGACAAAGCACAUGUAUCUCAAGUUCUAAGCAGGUUGGGUUUGGAAGAUUGUUUUGAAGGCAUCAUUUGCUUUGAAACACUUAACCCUCCCCAAGAACCAGUUGGGUGCAUUGAUGUGCCAGUUGAUAAUUCAGUCCUCUCAGGAGAUGCCCCAGAGCCAGAAUCCUAUAGUAUAGGUUUAACUGAGGGUGGAAGUUUCAACUCCAAGUCACGAAUCCUCUGCAAACCCUCUGUGGAAGCUAUUGAAGCUGCUAUUCAGAUAGCAAACAUUGACCCAAAGAAAACAAUCUUCUUUGAUGACAGUGUUCGAAACAUUGCAAGUGGAAAAGCAGCCGGACUUCAUACUGUUAUAGUGGGGAGCUCAAUAUUGGUUCCUGGUGCUGACCAUGCCUUGAGUAGCAUCCACAAUAUAAAGGAAGCACUACCUGAAAUAUGGGAAGGUGAAGGAGAGCAGAUCGGGCAAGUUAUUCAGUCCAGUGCAGUUGCAACUGUUGCCCUGGCAUAAUUUCCCCCCGGCGACACAUUUAUGUUUAAUUCUCGUGCAAUGUAAAAUAAAAACACUGAUAAAUUCCUAUGUCAAGUUUAGCUUAUUAUACAACAUCUAUGAAACAAUGAAUACAAAAAUCUUAUUCUCCUAGUUGCCACCACAGAAUGGUAUGUGAACUGCCUAUGAAUUCAUGUAAGUGAAACAAUUUAGUUGACCACAACACAUGCCAAAUCCUUGCAUUUGAAAUUUGGAUCCACCCUACUCAUAAUACACGCUCCUCUACUGCUAGCUUAUAUAAAAUCAUCCGAAAUUUCCUCAGCUAACAUUAAUAAUAUCUCACACAUAGUAUUUUUUGCUAAAUCAAUU